AACAUUCAGGCUACCUGAAAAACUGGUUGGUUAAGUUUGGCAAACGGAGCGUACGUCGCAAAGACAACUUAUCUCAAUGACGGGCAGUUUCAGGAUCCAACUAAUCAAUAUGGGCACCCGUGGAGCAGCUUUUCAAGCGAAGCUACGGUGUCUUCACGAGUACCACGUGCGUUUGCUAAGCAACCAGGUGCCAGCUCCUACAGGUUCAGACGUUGCAAACACUAUCAAAUACUUCUCGCAAACGUUGCUAACUGUGCUGAAGGAUGUUCCCUGCUCGCCGCUUGAAAUGAUCAAAGAUCCCUCGCUGGAUCAAAUGCGGAUGGCCAGCUAUCCUAAUCUGGAGUACCAGAAUCUGUACAACGCAUUAACUAUGCUGCUCGACGUAGCUUCCAACAUACAGUCUGGGCUGUACCUCUUCGGAAAGGCGUUCCUACAGUGCUUGGGCUGCAUAUUGCCCUUUCUUGAUCGCGAUCUGAUCGACAAUCUGCCGUAUCUAACUGCAUCGAGCAUUUCUGUGUUGCCGGCAUCGCUCCAUCAGGACAUCAUAAACUACCUUUGCUACUACAUUCUUCCUUUUACCAUCACGCGCCAAAGUGACGACGAUCAGGAAUGUCACGCGUGCCAAUCGGUAUCGGCCGUCAUUAUGCUGGUGUUCCAGUACUCCACCAAUCCAGCGCACCACUGCCAGCUGCUCGAGUGCCUGAUGCGGCUGAAGCAUAACGUCGCCAAAGAUCUGCUGUGCGUCAUCGGCUACGGGACGGCUAUGUCGCGCGCCUCAGCCGCCAAGCUGCUCUUCUACUACUGGCCCGCGUUUGAUCCGAACCUGUUCGAUCGUAAGGGACUGCUCUGCAAGUUCACCAACGACCUGGUGCCGUUCGUCUGCCAGCGCGAGUCCUGUCCGAACUCUGGAAACGCCGAGGCCGUCAAGGUGUGCUACGAUCACUGCAUCAGUAUUCUGUACGCGUCGGACGCGCCGCCGCCGCUGUACUUGUGCAUCGAGUGCGCCAACGAGAUCCACCGCGACCAUCGGAAUCUAACGUUCGGUGACAUUUUGCACCCGAUGCAGCAGGUUUCUAUGGUUUGCGAGAACAAGAACUGUCGCUCGCACGAAAAGUCCGCUGUUUCCAUCUGCUUUUCCACCGAGUGUGCCAGCUACAACGGCAACCAUCCUAUCCGGUACUGCCUUCAAUGCCAUGGAAAUCGACACAACAGUAGACGUGGUAUCGACCACAUCGUGCACCGCAGUCUGCCACCGAUGAUGAUGAUGGAUGCGGAAAUGCAGACCUAUCUGGUGGAAUCGGUCAUCAGCCUGCUGCGAGAAGCGAAGCCACUGAACGUAGAUUUUCGCAAGGACUCGUCGAAUCAGGAGGCGAAGUCGAAUGCUGGCCCCAAUGCGAAUGGCGCCGAACUAUCAGUGGAUCUGCUGACCCUGGAGGAGCGGCAGCUGCUUGGCCGAUACGGCAUUUGGCUGCUAGUUGGGCGCUGCACGCCGACCGUCGACACGCCCGUGGAAAUCCUGGGCCGGCUGUUGUCGAUGCUGUUCCACUGGUUCCACGUGACGGCUUACUCGUACGACGGUCAGACGGAGAUCACACUCGAGAAGCUAAAGCAGGACCACAUUUGCAGUUGGUUGAAGGAGGUGCGAAUCAGCCACUACAAGGAGUUCAUCGACUGUCUGCUGCCCCAUCCACCCGAGUACUCACGCGUUGGCGGACACUGGGACUCACUGGCAUCGCGCACGUCCCACCUCAAAGAGGGCCUGCAGCGACUGAUCUGCCUGAUUCCGUACGAGAUUAUCACGCAGGAGAUAUGGGACACGGUCAUGCCGCACUGGAUGGAGGCCAUCACCAACGAUGUGCCCGAGAAGGAGUUGAUUGAGCUGAAGAUAGUGCUGAAUAAGAUUUUGGACGCAGAGAUGUCUCCGCUCGGAUUUGACGCCAAGGCAAUGUACAACUUCGUGGCGAUCCGGUUUGAGAAGACCACGGCUAAGGUGCAACAGCAAGCACUGUACUGGUUGCAGAAUCUGACCAAGCUAGAGAUCGUUAUCCCAUUGCCGCAGCUGUUUGCCAUGUUCGGUGACGGUGUUCGCAUCAUGAAGCACGGCGUGCAGGCAGAAAUUAACAAGUCCAAGGACACGAGUCGCGGAAGUGGCGAUGGCGGGAUAGGCAAGGGAUCUGGCGGUGGUUCCAGUGGAGGAGGCAGUGGGUCUAAAUCGAACAAGGAGCGAGAUCUACAGCCACCGCGGCGUAGCUCUAUUUCUCCUGUCGUCGAGGAUGAAUCGGGCAACACGUCGGCCAUCUCGGACGACGAAGUGCCGAUAAGCAAAUGCAUGGAGUUCUCGACUGAUGCCGAACAUAAUCUUACCUGUUGUGUGCUGAUGCUGGACAUUUUGCUGCGGCAGAUGGAGCUGCAAGAGAUAGAGAUGCACUCGGGCAUCUACACGACUGUUGCUGAAAACGUGUGCCGUCUGCUAAAAUGUAUGGUGACAGCCGCCAACGUCGGGAUGGGCAAUCACAGUUGCCGGCUAAUGGAUUGUGCGUACUGUGAAACAUCUGUUAUGUGGCAUCAGCUGUCGACCAAGUUAGUUCAGUACAUGGCACCGAUUCAUCCCGUCAAUCCACCUGACCCACCAAUCCAGACUAUAAUCGACGACGAAAAAACUCGCAAAAGCCCGCCAGAGCUGGAAAAAGAGAGCAAACCAACUGAACGCGACAUGUCGCUGUCGAUGGCCCCGCUGCAUAUACCACUUGGUCCAUUAGUCAUGCCUUCUAUUCUUGACGAUGCCGGAAAAGUUAUUAUCAUGGCAGGUCCAGUGCCGGUAGCAGUUCCACAGCCGGAACCUCACUCGGUUGGUGGUGUAUUAGUACAUAUGCCGCAUGUUUGUUCUAUCAUGACGGCAACUGUGGAGACUGUGUCUGAGCAGUUGGACUUGGCAGCCAUAAUGCCGUCGGAGAAGGUUGUACCGGCCGUGGCUAGAUCCGUCACUUUAUCCGAAGCCGACGUAGCUACGGCAACGGUUCAGAUUGCCAAACCGACCGUUAUCGGCGAGAGCAGCUCCGAAGGCGGUGGACUAGACUCGGAAAACUUGGACGGCGGCCAGCCGUUCGAUGGCGACGAAGAGUUCUGGCACACGUCGGUCGGCAAGUUUAAGUUUUCGAUCGACACGCUCCCCCAGUCUCUGCAAUUUAUCUACCAGCUACUGAAGGAAAUUCCCCACAUCGACAAGGCGGACAUCCUGUACUACGUACUACAGUGCCUCAACGUGAUGGUGUUGCACGGGGACGCAUUUGUCAAGGCGACUCGGGACAAUCGUGGCUUCUACAUCUGGUGCCAGGAGAAUAUGCUGAUCAAGAACCUGUGGGAACUGUGCACGGCCGCCCAGUCGCACAUAUGCCAAGUGACGGUACCUAUUCUGCUGCAUUGCAUCACUCUGCCAAUGGGAUCGGACGUAUUCUGGAAGGUGGUACAAGAGGCGUUCCACGAUUCCGACUGGAGGGUGCGAUUCGAGGCUGUAGAACGUGUCACAGUAAUCACACGAUUCAUGGAUAGUACGCCACUAAGGGCGGAAGUAAGCCUGCAGACGUCGCUGGCCACCGCCUUCUGUCACCUCAUCGCAGCCUGUGACGACCUGAACGUGCACGUGGCGCAACGGGCUACCCUGUACCUGGGCACCAUCCACGACUACGCCAUCCAGGCGCUCCUGUUCUGCCUCGAGAGCCAGUUCGACAAGUUCAUCGUCGACCGACCGGUGGUGUUGCAGUCGAUCUACCAGCUGCACAACUCGCUCUCCGACCGGAAGGUGCUAACGUGGGACUUCUUCCUCAAUCGCUUUGAUACGCUGUUUGUGGAGGCGCAGGUCAACCUGGAGCGUGCCGGAGACAUCUCGUACUUGCGCGACCUGCGCAACAGCGAGAACGGCAGCGAGAUCCUAUCGACCAAGAUCAGCAAGGCCCGGGAAGCUCUUAGCCAGUCCGACACUACCGGAAGCAUGUCGAAGACGCUGAGCGCAUCCUUCGGCACUAAAUGGCCGUACAAGCGCACAAUGUCCGCGCCGGCAACGAUCAUACCGCGACAGGAAUCGAAAGUCGAGAAGGAAAAGGUCUACAACCGGCAAGUGUCCGCACCGAUACUGAAGCGGAAGAGCUCACGAUUCGGCUUGGAUGGACAUGUCCAUUCGAUCAGUGGAGCGAACGACGAUUUUCACAUGAGCAGCCUCUACCGAGUUAUCGAUCUGGAAGAGGCGGACAAGGAAACGAUCCACCUGCUCGUCUUUCUGCUGAUGCAGUUUAUGUCUCGGCCCGAUCUGGCUUAUCCGACGGAUGAGAAACCACUGUUCAAAAUACAGUCGAUCGUAUUGCGGCACCUGUAUCUGCUGCUGGGGUACAAUCAGGGGGAGAAGUUCUUCCACGUGUCCCCGGCCCGGCUGCGCUGCUCGUCGGUCUUCAACGCGUUCAUGGCCAACCUGCCGCAGGUGCUCGACCAGAACCACCAAAUGGGUUGGCUGCUGCUGCCGACCGUCAUUCAGCUGCUGCUGUACGCGCCGAACCAGGCGAAUGGGGGUUUCCUGCAAACGGGCGCGGCCGGGACCGCCGGUUCCACGACUGGGACUGGCACCAGCGGUGGGGCUGCAGCGGGGGCUGCCGACCAAAAUCACCACAGCGUGGUGACGUACAACUUCUCCAUCUGGUUCCUGGAGCCGCACGUCCGCCGCAAUUGGCUGAUGUCGCUGCUGGUCAUUCUGUACAAGUAUCAGUACAACCAGGCGUCGAUGGCGGAUCAGGUGCAGAACCUGAUCCGGCUCGUGAUCAACUCGCUUGACGCGCAGUUCCACAAGUGCCGCCGCAUUCCGACCACCAUCAUCAUGGACUACUCGGCGACGCGUCUACGCAAUCAAAGCCAGCCGUCGCUCGGCGCCACCUCCGAGCUGGACGAUCGGCGUAUGGGGACCUCCGAUGGGCCCAGUCCCCCGCACAGUCCUCUCCAACCGGCCACACUGUCGCUAUAUGGGUGCGAUGAGUUGUCAAAGGGACGUGGUGGAUCGCGGAGCAAGGCGGGCAAAGUCGGCCGGAAGCAUGCCGAGCCCAGCUUUGACGGCGACGAUACCGAGUCGGAACUAGUCGUCAUACCGGAAAGUGACGUGAGCGAUAGUACUCUCCAGGAGAGCAGUGUGCAAGGUUCCUUAGAGGACACGGCCAGUAAUGACGACGACUCCAAUGCGAUGAAACCGGACACGAGUUGCAAAACUAUGGAAGGACUUGCCAGCGUUAGUCGCACCAAUCUAACCGUCAUUGGAGGCACCGCAAAAAUAGGAACGACGACAAUGGUCACUCAGCAGCAGCAGUCAAACAAGAAAGGGAAAACCCACCAAACGUCCUCAUUCAUUGAGCACGCGGAUCCGCACGCCGGUGGCAAAAAGACUGGUGACUCGGGUGAGAAGGUGCCGGAGAAGCCGGAAAAACCGGAGAAGUCCAGCAGCAACAUCUUCCGCAUGCCUUCGGCGUUCUCCAUGUCUUCGCAGAAGUGCAGCGUACAGGAGGGUGUGCGUAUGAUGGUCACCUCAUCCAUGCUCGGACAACCGAAGGCGCAGGCCGUUCUCAACCCAUUUGCCAAUGUGCAGAAGGCUAUUGUCGUUACGCAGAGCACCGGAAGCAGUAGCGUAUCGAACGUAUCGAACAAGGAAAUGGUCGCAAAGGCAAGCCAACCGUGCCUGAAACAAGAUGAACCAGUUCCGGUAUUGAAGAAACCAUCCAACACCGAACCCCCAGAGGAUCAUGCAGCGGCAGGUUCUAUCCGAACCAAAGUGCCCUGCGAGCGUAAUGUCCAACACUCGACAAAUCCCUCAAAUCCCCUACAACCCCUACCGUCGGCCGAAUCCGUCGAGAGUAAGCUGCCAGCAUUUGAACCUCUCUUCGAGCCCAUCAAAGCAUCAUCCCAAAGCAAACCAUCCCUACCAGCGGGAUUAGCUAAAAGCUAUCUACAGCAGCUGCCAAUACCAACGCCAGAAAGAUUGCUCCCCAUCGGCCAGUUUGCCACGGAAAGUGUGAGCACAUUGACGGAGAGGCUUCGGGAGGGAUUAGCCUUACAAGAGGUAACAAGCUCGAACGACACCACCGACGACCCCUCCGAAAGUGCCGCCAGCUGCUGCCACGUACGGGACGCGACAUUGGCAUCCCCAAGAAAACUGAUGAAGCAAAGUGCCCUGGAGUCUCCGCCGCAAAAUCUUGAGCCGAUUGAGAACGGUUUCGGAGGUAACGGGUGCUCCGGCACUGGUGGUGUUCUGCCUCCGCUCAGUGUUGGAGAAAGUCGUGCGUCGGAGGGUCCAACCGGCAAGCGGAACGAUGAACAGACUCCGAAGCAAUCCAAACGGACCAAAGUGAUCGGCGACGGCCAGAAGGAUGCGCGAGUUAAAUACGCUGGCUCGUGGGCUCCGGAAACGAAGGACGAUGGCUCAGAAAUCGACGAUCCGGAGAGUUCUUCAUGCCCGGAAAAAUCGAGUAGUCUCCGGGUAGGCGACGAGUGUAUUUGCGAUCGGUGCUCCGAAUGUGGGGCAGUAAAGGAACAGUAUACUGAUGAGGAAAUGGGCAUCAUGCUGAUCGUUCUCGGUACUUUUAUCCAUCGAGAACCGUCACUGGGGGCGCCGUUUUUGCCAGAGAUUUUAACUAUCGUAUCGAGAAUUUCUCUACAUCCAACCUUUCCGUGGCGUUGCGAAAGCUUGACUCAUCUUCCUGGAGGAUCGCAGUCGGUGGCACACCAAUUUAUUCGAUGCGUUUUACACCAGCUCGCUCCGAACGGGGUGUUCUAUCAGCUGUUUCUGACUCAAAAAGACGAAACAACCCGCAAACGUUUUUAUCGUAGUGUUUCGAACAGCUUAAACGAUUUCUCCGAGCUCAACCCAACAAGCCCCAUCCAGAUGCUGGCCGAAACAUUGAAUGCGAAGAAAACGUUGCCGGUCGAUCUGCUGCCAGUAAUCUUCCGCAACUUGGCCGAGUACCUGCAGUGUGCCCCGGUCGAUUGCAUCGCCGGAAGCGUCUGGUCACCAGUGAUACAGGCGCUGGACAGUCUACUACGACGUGUGAUUUUAAUACUUUCCAACAUGAGCGGCGCGGAGCAUCUGCUGGAGAUUAUGGUCUCCUUGCUAAAGGUGCCGCAGCUAUCGAAGAGUAUUCUGGAGCCGUUUUCAAAGAUUAUAAGCUAUGCCAUCCAAAACCUGCACCUCACACAGAAAGUGCUGGUCGAAAUCUGCAAUCUCAGCGGAAGAGCCUUUGCCAAGGAGCGGGACAAGCUGUACCUCGGUCGCCAGAUUGUGUUCGAUUUGGUACAGGCGUUGAAGUUUAAAACAAACGUUCCGGACAACAAUCUACUAUUGCUGGUAGGAUUUCUGUUGCAGGACGCCGGUGGUAUUUUGCCUCCCGGGAUCAUUGGGGACGUAUCCGGCGGGGAAACGUUUGUUCAUAUAAGCUGCAACAUUUCCGACUGCAUGCGGCAACCGUACCUUAACGACAUACUGGAGUUUCUGGCCGACUUCCAUACGUUGAGCAAGAUCAAGAACUUGAAGGCAUCCAGUACGGCUCCAGGGUUAUGCGAGGAUACUAUCGGAGGCGUACUUAAAGGAGCUAUUGCACAAUAUUUAGCGCUGGAAAUGUCACGAGGAAAUUCGAAGGAUAGUCGCACGGUCUCCAAAUAUUUGCCGUGGUUGAACAAUGCACCAUCUUCUUUGCAACAGGGGCCUAAAGAAUUUACAGAAUGCGUCGGCCACAUGCGGCUGUUAUCGUGGCUACUGAUGGGCUCCCUCACUCAUACAGCCCUUGUAGUUCGGCGCAUCGGAACGGGCACAUCAGCACCGCACCAGAGCCACCUAAGAAACAGCCCACUGAUCAUACAGCCCGUGCCCCAGGAGGCCAGCUGUCACAUUGCCGAUCACGUGCAAGUGAUUUUCGCCGGUUUUGCCGAGCAAUCGAAGACGUCCGUUCUGCACAUGUCGUCACUGUUCCACGCGUUCACGUUGUGCCAACUGUGGACGGUGUACCUCGAGCAGGUGGCAAGCUUGGCGGCGAUUUCUUCCGAGGCAUACAACACAACACUGAGCGUACUGUUCGAGUUUUGGGCGAAGGUGACACCGUGCAUCCUACAAUUGGUGUCACAUUCCAAGCUUUCUGAGAGUGUUAAUUUACAUUUUUUGGGACUGCUGGAGUCUCUCAAGGAGACAAGAUCAACCAUCCUCGCAAAACUGUUGCCCCUUUGGACCCCCGUUCUUUCGUCCAACACACAACUGUCGGGAACACUGCACGUCCGGCUGCAGAACUGUCGUGACGCGGUGCCAAAUCUCGAAGAGCAAGAUUUCCACGCGUCCGAAGCUCUGCUGAAGUGGCUACAGCGGCUACAGUUUAAGAUGGGACAAAUAGAGCUGCAAUCUUCAACCGCUACCCAGUUCUAUUCAAUCUAGGUGAUGCCAGUGAUUAUGUUAUUAACCCGUGUUAUCUCUGUCUAGCGAGAAUCUAUAAGCAGCACAAUUGCUUGUUUUAUUUGAAUAUUUAAUCACAAGCAAAAGAAAUCCCAUGUUACAUAUAUCGAGGGAAAUUAAAUAUUUGGUGAAGUAAAUGUAGUUGGUGGUCAUCAGCCAUGAUCGGUGUAAUAGAAUGUAUUUAGUAUGGAUUGUUAUUAAUACAUGAAGUAGUCUAAGGAAUCGUCGAUGCAAGAGAAUUAACUGAAUUUGGAUUGUAUCCAAACAAAUUUAUAGCUGGAAUAAAUGUCCAAAAACGUACUAGC